GGUCCUCCCUAAGUAGACACCCUAACCCUAUACCCAUGUGUGCUCAUAGAUCCCCUGGGUUCCUGCUGUAACAUUAAUGUGUGACGUUUGUGUUUGUGUUUGUGUUUGUCCCGUCCUCAGGUCCUCCUUCCUCCACACCUCCUCUCCUCUCUCUCUUUUCCUCUGGUCCUCCUCGAGUGAUGAGCGGUGAGCGCGUGCACAGCGUCAACCUGCACAACUUCAGCUCGUCGGUGCUGGAAACCCUGAACGAGCAGCGCCAGCGCGGACACUUCUGCGACGUCACCGUGCGCAUCCAUGGCAGCAUGCUCCGGGCACACCGCUGUGUGCUGGCCGCCGGCAGCCCCUUCUUCCAGGACAAGCUGCUCCUGGGCUACAGUGACAUUGAGAUCCCUGCGGUGGUGUCGGUGCAGUCCGUGCAGAAGCUCAUUGACUUUAUGUACAGCGGCGUGCUGCGCGUCGCCCAAUCAGAGGCCCUGCAGAUCCUCACCGCCGCCAGCAUCCUGCAGAUCAAGCGCGUCAUCGAUGAGUGCACACGCAUCAUGGCGGGGACCCCCGGCGGGUUCGGCGGCGGCGACUCCUGCCAGGAGACCACUCCGCGUGGGACCCCCGAGUCGGGCACCUCGGGCCCCAGCAGCGACGCGGAGAGCGGCUACAUGAUGGCGGCCAGCGUGGUGGCGGCGGCACAGCAGCAGCAGCAGCACGGCCUGGAGAGGGUCUACACCUCGCUCUACAGCGGCCUGGGCGUCCAGAACGGCAAGGACACCGCCGGGCACCACCAGGGUUACCUGCACUCGGGCGGCGGCGGCGGCGCCGGCAACCAGGGGCAGACCCAGCAGGGUCCGGAGCCGGCCUGGAUCGCCCGGAUCCACGAGAGAUCCCAGCUGGCCGUGGAGCGGUACCUCAGCACCACGCCCGAGAGCUCCGGGCACUGCCGCAAGCAGCCGCGCCCCGUCAGGCUCCACCCAGGAGCAGGGCUGCACAUUAAACAGGAGGCGGAGGACGACUACAGCAGCUACCUGUCCUACACCUCCUCCGGAGGGGGUCUGGCUGGAGGGGACGAGGGCUCCGAGAGCGAGCCCAAGGGCGAGAGCUUCGACUCGGGCGUGAGCUCCUCCGUGGGCACCGAACCGGACUCCGCCGACCAUCACCAUCAGCAGCAUCACUUCCUGUUUGGGAGCCGGGAGGAAACCACAUCAGACGCUGAAGCUGGAGGGGGCGUGGUCAGCAUGUCACAUCACCAUCAUGCCCCGCCCUCCUCCCUCUCUGUGGCUCGUAUCGAGGUCAGUGAUUCGUCCCCGGAGCGCACGCUCCACGAGUCCGACAUCGUGUCCGGCACCAGUCCCGUGGAGACGUUGAUCGCGCAGUCGCCGGGGUCGUCGCUGCCCUCCGCCCAGCUGUACCUGCGGCAGGCCUGCGAGAGCCCCGCUGGGGGGUUGCGUCUGCCACUCACCCUCACCAGCAACACCCAGGUCAUGGGCACCGCCGGGAACACCUACGUCCCGGCCAUCUUCGCCAGCCCGCCCUCCAGCGCCAACAAGCCCUUCCUCUUCAGCCUGCCCCAGUCCAUGGGGUCUGGUGGUGGGGGGGCGGGGGGGCAGUUUGUAUCCGUGCCUCCGGCCCCCCCUAGCUCCCACGGGCCAUCCGGUCUGUCCCCGUAUUCUGGGGGAGGGUGCCAGGCGGGUGGGGCCGGAGGGGUUGGCGGGCAGCAGGGGGAGAAGAAGCCGUACGAGUGCACGCUCUGCAGUAAGACAUUCACCGCCAAGCAGAACUUCGUCAAGCACAUGUUUGUGCACACAGGUGAGAAGCCACACCAGUGCAGCAUCUGCUGGAGAUCCUUCUCCCUGAAAGACUACCUGAUCAAGCACAUGGUGACUCACACAGGGGUGCGCGCCUACCAGUGCUCCAUCUGCAACAAGCGCUUCACACAGAAGAGCUCCCUAAACGUCCACAUGAGGCUGCACCGCGGAGAGAAGUCCUACGAGUGCUACGUCUGCAAGAAGAAGUUCUCCCACAAGACCCUGCUGGAGCGUCACAUGGCGCUGCAUGCCAGCGGCGUGGGCAUCAGUGUCAGCAGCGGGAUCACGGCCGGGGUGGUGGGUGGCAUCGGAGGGGCCGGCGUGGGCGUGAUCGGAGUGGGGGGGGGGAUGGGCGGAGCCGGGGGAGGGGGCGGGAGUGUUAGUGUGGUGGGAGGAGCCACGGGGAUGGGCAGGGCUAACGUGAGUGGAGCAGCAGCAGGGACUGCGGCGUCUGGGGGAGGGGGGGCCUCCUCCGUGCCCAUGACCCUCCCCGACCCCGGGGUGGUGGUGCCACUCGCCGUGCCAACGGGAGGGGGAGGGGCCGUAUCAGUCGGAGGAGGAGGAGGAGGGGCAGCGGUAGGCGUGGUGUCUGAAGGAGCCGCCUCCCACCUGGAGACUACGACCUACGUGUGCUCCGUCUGUCCCGCCAAGUUCGACCAGAUCGAGAUGUUCAACGACCACAUGCGCAUGCACGUGACGGAUGGCUAACGCCGCAUCACGUCUCACCAGCCAAGCAGACAACCAAUCGGUAAUCCACACAUCUACACGACUCAGCAGCAAGUCCAUAAUACGUCAAGGCAACAGCAAGAGUAUUCUCUCACACGACCCAUUAUGACAUCAUAAGCUCACAGGAAAAACAACUAUUCAAACCCGGCUGUUAUAAACAGGAAAUCAACCCCAACAACAUAAGCUCACAGGAAAACAACAAUUAAAACCCGGCUGUUUCAACAGAAAAAUCAAAGAAAAUAACUUCAGUUUGGGAUGAGUGGAGAAGAUGAAACAAAUGAAUGGAGGAUAUAAAAAACAUAACUAAAAUGGCACUAGAUUUUUUAAUUUUCUUUUUUUUUUAUUGUCUUAAGUGAUCUUUUUGAAGGCAAUGUUUGAAUAUAUAUAUAUGUUGUUAGCACAUGUAUGCUACUACUGGCACAUUUUUGAAAUAUUUUGUCUUUAUCUUACGAUGUUUCCCAGAAAAACGAUGUUUAUGUGUUCUUGUUCUCUUUACAAUAUUAUAAUUUUUUUGGUGUUAAGAAUUCCUUCAUUGUUGCCUUAAAGGCUGUAUGCGGUAACGUUGGCCGACCAGUCCACUGGCUGGAUCUGUAGUCGCAAUAGUUACUAGGCGGCCUCUAAAUAAACUGAUAAAAAAAAGGUAAAUAUUUGUUAAUGCUCUGACUGAGCUUAAAAAUAAGUCCUAUGUGCAUUGCCGAUUUCGUUAUGUGUUAAACACUACCAGAAUCUGGCGGGAAAAAAGAAAAAACCUAAGAUACAAAAACACACAUAUACCAAGCCAGUUCUGUCACGCCCUAAAGCAAGCACUCUUAGUGCGACGUCACCUGUGCAUUUGGAGUUACCUAACAUACAGCACUUGUGAAUGUGCCCACACACACAAAUUGACAGUUUCACACAUGGUCUAGUAUCAUAGUAUUGUAAGUAUUGUACGAUACAAUAUUCCCAAAACAUUGCCGUUUUAAACAUUUCACAGUGUAGAAACGAAAAAACGGAAUAGCUAAGAAUACAAUAUGAACAUUUGGAAUUAGCAGCCUGCAAAUGUUAAGUUGUAGACCGAACUUUGAACAGCUGAUAAGCGUUCAAAAAUUACUGUGGUAUCAAUACAUGUUGACACAAUUUUCUAUUACUUUUUGCGAUGACACAAAGAAAUUUAAAAAAAAAAGUAGAAAAAAUUGAGACACAGAUAUGCCUUGUUCAUUUUUUCAUCUGUGUGGGGAUUGUGAACGUGAGAAUUGUCAACACUGGGUUUGUGAUUAAUGACGAUUAUUGUUGUUACGAUAAUGAUAGUAGUUGCUGUUAUUUAUUGGGAGUUUGCUGAUAUGUCGAGAUAUGUGGGAAGAUGGAAAGCAAUGUUGCAGCUGUUGUUAUGACAAUUAUAAUUGUCAUUUUUAAAAACAAGUGGUACAAUUCGGCUUGUGUUUGUUAGAUGUUAGAAAACUACAGAAAAUUACGAGAAAAAAAAUUCUUUCAUGUAAUGGUGGAAGAAUUAUGCUUUUAUGAAAUAUUUCAUUUUGUUUUCACGUUUUAAUUUCAAAUUAAUUUACAAUUUUCCCAUCAUUGUGGAUGCUGAUCUUACCAAUAAUUAAGUACAUUUUAUAUCACAAAAGCCUGAAGGUCAACUCUUUCCACAGUCUGUGCUUGUUUUUAUAAAUAUCCAGAGCAAAAAAAAAGUUAGUGGAAAACAAUUCUAUACGCUUUAAAGUACCUUAUGUUUGAUUGGUUUGACUUGGACUCCUGCAUCACACUGCCACAAUAAUCCCUCAGUGCAAAAAAAAAAACAAAAAAAAACAAAAAAAAAACAACACGACUGUUUCAGAAGACCUCUUCCACUGACAUGACACAGAUGCACAAACUGAAACAUUCUCCAACUUUAACCAAGAAACGUGGAAAAUGUACAUUUUUGAGAUUUGUGUUCAUAUGAUGAAGAGUUUGAUCAUAAUGGCUCGUUUCAUAAAUAA